UAUGGACUCAAUAAGUAGUAAAUCAUCAUUUAAUUUUUCUUCAAGUUCUUCAUGUUCUGAAGAGGAUUUUGAAAAUUUGUCAACAAACUUUGUUUCUUCAAACGAUACACAAUCGUUAAAAGAAGAAUUGAAGUUUUAUAAUGAAAAAAUUGUUGGAUUGGAAAAUCAAGUAAAAGAGAAUAAUGCUCUUUUAUUACAAAUUGAUGCAAAAUUGGAUAAAUUUAAAAAUAUUUUGCAUAAAAUGUCUCCUGCUCCUCAAAUUAAUAAUAAUUUACCUAUUUUUAAUUCGGCACAAAAUUCUUUUGCUAAUAAUUGGCUAAUUCUGCCAGAAAAAUUUGUUUCUUCAGCCAAUACAUUUCCGUUAAAAGACGAGGCAGAAAUUUCCAAAUCGGAGGCUGAUUUACUUAAAGAAGAAAACACAAAAAAUAUUUCGAAUGAAGAAAAGGAAAAUAUAAAAAUUGUACACGAAAUGGUUCCUGCUCCUCAAAUUGAAGAUUACAAUAAAAAUUUUCCUGCUAUUAAAUUAAAAUGGCCAGAACCGGGUAGCAAUUUCUUUUUACUUGGUAAACAAAUAUUUGAUUAUUCAAUUCUACAACUUGAUAAUUACCCUUUUAUUAAAAUAAUUAAUUUAAAAAAUAAUAAAUGGGCGAAUAUUUUACUUGAUUGGGGUUGUUGUAGAAAUAAUUGUGUAAAUAUAAGUCAACGAGGAUUUUGUCAAAAAGGGAAUGGAAUUGUUCGUUUACGAGAUAAUAUUGCUAAAUAUUAUCUUUCUACUGUUAAAAAUGGUAUCAAUAGAUCAUUUAAAAUAAUUUCUGAAAAAGGAUUUACUCCCUCAAAAGAAAAUAAUAUUUUAUAUUACUUUGAAGUUAAAAUAAUUCCUGAAAUUGAAGAAGAAUGCGGUUGGGCAGUAGAAAUUGGUUUAUUUAAAGACAAUUCCCAACAAUUCCGUGUUUGUAGCAACGGUCUAUUUUGUUCAAAGACGAGUUUAAAUUCUCCAUAUAAACAAAUUCCGAUGUUUGGAUGUUUAAUUAAACCUAUGGAUAUAAUUGGAUGUGGAAUUUAUUUUCCACAAUUAAAUAAUGAAAAUAAUUCUGCUCAACUUUUCUUUACUCUUAAUGGAAAAAAGAAAGGAAAAACAAUUUUUGUUGAGUUAAAUGAUGAUAAGGAUUCUCUUUUGUUUUAUCCAAAUGUUAGUCUUUUUUGUUGUUCAGUUGAAGCUAAUUUUGGUACAAAUAAAUUUCUUUACAAAAUUGGUGAAUUUAAGGAAUGA